CCUCACUUCACUUCACCUUCAAGGAUGAUCCAACCCUGUCGUGCUCGCUUCCCCUCCCCCUGUCUUCUGACCAUGACAACAAACCAUUCACAACCUUCUCGCCAUAAUGGCCUCUUUGAUUGUCCAUGAUAUUGCUCGAUAAAACGCUGAGCAAAGUCCUGAAACCCAUACUAGUGGCGCCCCCGCGCGGUGAUGCCCCCACAUCCGCUUGCAGACUUCGCCCCGCGAUGAUGUCCUCAAGUUUGACGACGAUGCCCAUUAACUCCCCUAAGCGCAAGAGGGCAUCGUCAGAAGAUACCGACCAGUACAGUCCUUCAUCACCAACAUCGACUAUCUCCAUCCUUAGCCUCCAGGAGGCCAGGCUCCGAGAAACCGAAGACUUGGGAAGGUAUAGUCCUCGAGCGGUAGUCGCCGGUCGCCUAGGAGAAUUGGCCAUUCGUGGAGACAGACUAUCAACUCCCCCAAUUCCAUAUGGCUUAGACCAAAACACUAUCACGCAGUCGGUUCAGUCGGGAUGCUGGCCAGCUCUCUAUGACUCUAUCUUCGGGCCUCGCAAAAUGCCCGAGUCUAGUUCCCUUGCAGGAGAUCAGCACGACCCAGAAGAGUCGACGGAAAACACAUGCCAACUCCAGCCUGACAACCCCGAGACUAGUGUCUCCGCAUCGCCUAGGAAAAGGCAGCCAAACUCUAGUCCACGCAGAAAGAAGAAUCCAUCGGUCACAUCGAAAUCGCGCAGUGCGAGAAGCUCACCGCCGCUCACCGGCGAUGCGCUUGAGAACCCCUUCACGUGGCACGACUCCGAAAUUACUGGGCACAAUCCUACGGAUCCGAGUGAUGAUGGUUAUGGGAUAAAUGGCAUUGGUUUCAAGCCUACGGCGGCAAUUGCGUGGGCUAGGUCGCAGAAGAGGCAGAAGCAAGUCGCGGAAUGGAAAAACCGCGAAGCUAGAGAAGCACGCGAGAAGCGAAGAGAGCGACGCGAGGGUGCCGAUUUGAAUAAAAUUCGUAGCGUCCAGAGUGGUGCUAUCCAGAAAAGGGUUAAAUUCAAUAUGUGAUGAAACGGGCUAUGUUGCGCACAUCGGCGCAUGAGUGCAUCUCGGCGACGUUUUUGCGAUUUGGUCAGAAUUUUUCGACUGUUUCUACCAGGAUGGUCCCAAGAACCAUUUCUUAUGCUGAACACUGCUUACUCGUGUCGACUAUCAGCCCUAAUUCAGCGAACAUGAGGACAAGGUUGGAGCUUGUGAAUAGAACGAUAUGUAUGUACUGACCAUGCAUACCACAUG